GCACGGACUAGGGGAGGCGGGGGCGGGGCGGAGAUCAAGGCCCCGAGGGUGGGGGGCGCUGUAGAUUGAACCCCCCUCGCGAGACCCGCAGCGCCACUCGGGAGCGGGACCUGGCCCCUCCCCGCUCCUGGAGCGUGACCCCUUGUGGCGACGGGGUCCGUUGGGGCAGAACCAUGGAGCAAGAGCCUUUCAAAGUAAGGACUCUUUCCGGGCCCCCUCCCCCGGUGAGCCCCCAGCCUGGGUCCAGCCUGGGUCCAGCCUGGGUCCCUGGCCGUCCCCUCCCUCAGCCUCGGCCCGGGCAGCUCCCAUCGAGCCCGAGCUGACCCGACGAUGACCCGACGACGGACUCAAAGCCCUGGCAGGGCUCAGGGUCCCCGCCCCCAGCCUGCUCGUCUUCUCCAUCCCGAGUCCCCGCGGCCCUUGGCUGCCCUCGUUGUAUGUGGCCCACAGGCGUCUUUGGGUAGCCAUGGCUCAGACGACUCGAGCCCAGACGACAUCCGGAAUCUGUGGACCAGGGCCACGCUGUCGCAGCCGAAGCUGAAUGUGCCGCGGUCCAAGAUCUGCGAUGACUCGGACGCGGAGGGCAGCAGCCUGGGCAGCAGGACUCGCCAGUGGUACAAUCGGAAGGCCGGCCGCGAGGCGGAUGGUGGUUGGGAAGAAUGGGAUGACGGAGAGGACAAGGACGGUUUCAGGCGGGAGGAUCUCCACGGGCACUUGUCUUUGGAGGUGGAGCUGCGUCGGGGCAGCAUCCUGGGAAGCCAUUUAGAGGAAGACGUCGAUUCCAAGACCGAGAGCGAAGUAUCUUCCUCAGAGUCAUCGCUCAGUAUCUCGAAGCACACACCCCAUCGAGCCUACUGGAUAGAGCAGCAGAACAGGCUGCCACUGCCUCUAAUGGAAGUCAUGGAGAAUGAAGCUCUGGAAAUCCUCACCAAAGCCCUCUGGAGCUACCGGUCAGGGAUUGGCCGGGAUCACUUCCUGACCAAGCAGCUGCAGCGAUACAUCGAGGGGCUCAAGAGGCGUCGGAGCAAGAGGCUGCACCUCGUAACGUAUUGAGAACGCCGCUUC